AUGACUGAAAUAAAUACAGCGAUACCAAUUGAAGAAUCAUCUGGCAUAAGGCUUGAUUCAGCAGAAGAACAAAUUUUAAAGGAUCAGAUUGAUGUUUCUGAAAGAAAAGAAUCAUAUAUAACUUUAUAUCGAUUUGCUACAAAACUUGACUGGGUAAUAAUGUUUAUUGGAUUGGUGUUUUCAGCGGCCGUAGGAGUCAUCAUGCCUAUAAUGACGACCUUCCUCGGAUUAAUAGCCGAUGAUUAUACCCGUUUUCAAAAUCACACUAUAAGCAUUGAUGAUUUUACUGAAGAUGUAAAUCGCCUUUCAGUAAUUCUUGCAUGCGCCGCCAUUGCCACUUUCGUUGCUACGUAUAUAUCUAUAGCUACUUGG